CGGGAUUACUAUUACUCGUAAAAUCCGCGAAACGCGGCGACGACGGCGUCUGUUCUCUCCAUGGUUCUCUCGUAACUGCUCGUGACGGCGAGUAUACUCGAUUUGAUCGUGAAAGGAAAAUCCGGAGGCAUCAUCGAGCGUUACCACAUCGAAAACUUGAUCGAGAGCAUGGACUCUCGGAGACGUUUGUCGAGAUUAUAAGCCCUCCGUUAAUUCAUCAUCAUCAUCACUCGGUUGAGAAAUCGACGAAGGAAUAGAAAAAGCCGACAAUCUAGCUAGCCAAGAUGUAUCUGUACAAUUUGACCCUCCAACGUGCCACGGGCAUCACGCACGCGGUGCACGGCAAUUUCUCCGGCAGUAAGAUGCAGGAGAUUCUCGUCUCCCGCGGCAAAUCGUUAGAGCUGCUCCGACCGGAUCCGAAUACAGGAAAAGUCCAUACGCUGCUGACCGUAGAAGUUUUCGGCAUCAUUCGAUCCCUCAUGGCAUUUAGAUUGACCGGCGGAACGAAGGAUUACAUUGUCGUCGGAUCAGAUUCUGGGCGUAUAGUAAUAUUGGAGUACAUUCCUGCUAAGAACAGCUUUGAAAAGGUACAUCAGGAGACUUUUGGCAAGAGUGGAUGUAGGCGCAUCGUUCCUGGCCAAUAUCUUGCUAUCGAUCCGAAAGGAAGAGCGGUUAUGAUAGGUGCUAUUGAAAAGCAGAAACUUGUGUACAUUCUCAACAGAGACGCUGAGGCCCGUCUUACAAUCUCUUCUCCAUUGGAAGCUCAUAAGAGCAACACUCUGGUGUAUCAUACUGUUGGCGUCGACGUUGGUUUUGAGAAUCCUAUGUUUGCGUGUUUAGAGAUCGAUUACGAGGAAGCUGACAGCGAUCCCACGGGCGACGCGGCAGUGAAAACGCAGCAAACGCUUACCCUAUAUGAGCUUGAUCUCGGUCUAAAUCACGUAGUACGGAAGUACAGUGAGCCAUUGGAGGAACACGCUAACUUCCUUGUGUCUGUGCCCGGUGGCAACGAUGGUCCAAGCGGCGUACUCAUCUGUUCCGAAAACUAUCUCACGUACAAGAACCUCGGGGAUCAGCACGACAUACGUUGUCCGAUUCCACGACGCCGUAACGACUUGGACGAUCCUGAGAGAGGAAUGAUAUUCGUGUGCUCGGCCACGCACAAGACGAAGAGCAUGUUCUUCUUUUUGGCGCAGACAGAGCAGGGUGAUAUUUUCAAAAUUACCCUCGAGACGGACGAGGACAUGGUCACCGAAAUUAAGCUGAAAUACUUCGACACGGUACCGGUAGCUGCGAGUAUGUGCGUCCUGAAAACGGGAUUCCUGUUCGUCGCCUCGGAAUUUGGCAACCAUUACCUGUAUCAAAUAGCGCAUCUCGGAGACGACGACGACGAGCCCGAGUUUAGUUCGGCAAUGCCACUGGAAGAAGGUGACACUUUCUUCUUCGCCCCUCGACCGCUUCGAAAUCUAGUGCUAGUCGACGAGAUGGACAGUCUCUCGCCCAUAAUGGCUUGUCAGGUAGCAGAUCUGGCGAACGAAGAUACACCGCAAUUGUAUAUCGCUUGCGGACGAGGACCGCGAUCCACGUUACGAGUGUUACGCCAUGGUCUCGAAGUUUCCGAGAUGGCCGUGAGCGAGCUGCCUGGUAAUCCAAAUGCUGUAUGGACUGUGAAGAGAAGAAUCGAUGAGGAAUAUGAUGCAUACAUCAUAGUGUCCUUCGUGAACGCCACACUCGUACUCAGUAUCGGCGAGACUGUCGAGGAAGUAACGGACUCGGGUUUUCUCGGUACAACACCGACCUUGAGUUGCUCCGCUUUGGGCGAGGACGCAUUGGUGCAGGUAUAUCCUGACGGUAUACGUCACAUCCGAGCAGAUAAGCGUGUCAACGAAUGGAAGGCACCCGGCAAGAAGACCAUCGUGAAAUGCGCGGUCAAUCAACGUCAAGUUGUGAUUGCCCUCACUGGAGGGGAACUAGUCUACUUCGAGAUGGAUCCUACCGGACAAUUGAACGAGUAUACGGAAAGGAAAAAGAUGCCCUCGGAAGUAAUGUGCAUGGCCCUUGGAAACGUGGCAGUGGGCGAGCAACGCUCGUGGUUCCUGGCUGUCGGUCUACAGGACAAUACCGUGAGGAUAAUAUCGUUGGAUCCCUCGGACUGUCUAGCGCCAAGAAGCAUGCAGGCAUUACCAGCAGCUGCGGAAAGUUUAUGCAUCGUGGAAAUGGGCGCCAAGGAGGCGGAUAAUUCCGAGGAUGCAGCGCCACAGCAAUCCAGUUUGUACCUGAAUAUAGGUUUGCAAAAUGGAGUGCUACUCAGAACUGUGUUGGAUCCGAUUUCCGGCGAUCUCGCAGACACGAGAACUCGCUACCUAGGCUCUCGUCCCGUUAAACUCUUCAGAAUACGAAUGCAAGGAAAUCAGGCGGUACUGGCGAUGAGCAGCCGAUCCUGGUUGAGUUACUACCAUCAGAAUCGUUUUCAUCUAACGCCUCUAUCGUAUGAGAGUCUUGAAUUCGCGUCGGGGUUCAGUUCCGAGCAGUGUCCAGAGGGUAUUGUCGCCAUAUCGACGAACACAUUGAGGAUCUUGGCUCUCGAAAAACUUGGCGCCGUGUUCAAUCAAGUGAGCUUCCCGUUGGAAUACACGCCGAGGAAGUUCGCGAUUCAUCCUGAUUCCGCGCAUCUAGUGGUCAUUGAGACUGAACACAACGCUUACACAGAAGAGACUAAGCAACAGAGAAGACUGCAGAUGGCAGAGGAGAUGCAAGAGGCGGCCGGUGCCGAAGAAGCGGCCGUCGCUCGGGAAUUGGCAGAGGCAUUUCUGUCGGAAGAACCAAACGAGGCGGUUUUCGGUGCUCCGCGGGCAGGCCCGGGACUGUGGGCCUCUAUGCUGAGAAUAAUGGCACCAACUACCGGGCAAACGUUCGAAGUUCAUCGUUUCGAACAAAACCUAGCUGCGUUAUGCCUUUGCCUCGUGAAGUUCGCCAAUCAAGGUGAGCAGCUGUUUCUCAUCGUUGGAGUCGCGAAAGAAUUUCAAUUGAAUCCUAGAGUUAGCAAUGGCGGUUUUCUUUAUACGUACAAAGUAAAUGCGGAGUGUACCAGUAUCGAGCUACUGCACAAAUCUCCAUUAGAUGAGGUACCAUUGGCCAUUUGUCCGUAUCAAGGUCGAGUACUGGUCGGCGUGGGUAGGAUGUUACGGCUUUACGACAUGGGUAAAAAGAAAUUAUUGCGUAAGUGCGAGAACAAGCAUAUACCAAACGCUGUCGUAUCGAUCAACGCGAUUGGUCAACGGAUCUACGUCAGCGACGUGCAGGAAUCGGUGUACGCUGUGAGGUACAAGCGCCAGGAGAAUCAGUUAAUCGUUUUUGCGGAUGACACGCACCCCAGGUGGAUCACGACGACGUGCGUGUUGGAUUACGAUACCGUCGCCACUGCCGAUAAAUUCGGAAACAUAGCUGUGAUACGAUUGGCGACUGGCAUUAAUGACGACGUAGACGAAGAUCCUACCGGAAACAAGGCUCUCUGGGACCGAGGAUUACUGAAUGGCGCGAGCCAGAAAGCGGACACAGUGGCGUGUUUCCACGUCGGCGAGACGGUAAUGUCGUUGCAGAAGGCAACUCUCAUACCGGGCGGCUCUGAGAGUCUGGUGUACACAACCCUAAGCGGAACGGUAGGUGUGCUCGUACCGUUCACAAGCCACGAGGAUCACGAUUUCUUCCAGCAUCUGGAGAUGCACAUGCGAUCCGAGCAUCCUCCUCUAUGCGGCAGAGAUCAUCUGUCCUUCCGGUCGUAUUAUUACCCUGUAAAAAAUGUCAUCGACGGCGAUCUCUGCGAACAAUUCAACUCGAUCGAGCCUGCUAAACAGAAGAGCAUCUCCGGCGAUCUCGAGAGAACGCCAUCCGAGGUGUCGAAGAAGUUGGAGGACAUACGUACGCGUUACGCUUUCUAAAUUUUUCAGACGCGAGGACCAUGUCCUUCGACGUACUGUUUUUUCAACUCUAGAACUCUGAUGUUUUUAAUAUAUAAAUGAUCUUGAAAAAAUCCGCGAUGGAUGCUAUUAAUUUUUUUUAUUAAUCAAUCUUUCUUUUUGCAUAUUAUUGGAUCAAUGUAAUACAUCUUUUCCGUCGAUUUGAUCGUGCAAACUAAAUUCUGUUAUAGGUACAUGAUGAUUGCGUAUAAAAGUUCAAAACUGUGUAAAAAUUCGAGAUUUUUUUUAUACGUGUGAUAGCUUUAUAUUAUAUAGACAUAAACAUAACUUUUAGAAUAUGUAUAUGUUAACAUCGAGAUGUAAUGUAUAUUCUCAAUUUCUCUUAAACAAAUUGUCAAUAAUGGGAAAAAAAGUAACAGUAUUUUAAUAGCUUUAGAGACUCGUGUAAGCUUUUUGUAUUUCAGUAACAAUUAUAAAUCACUACGAAAAUCACGAAACGUUGACUCAUAAAAGUGUGAAAGUUAUCGGAUUUGGCUCUUACGUUAUAAAUAGAUUUUAAUUAUAUUUAUACCACGAGUGUAGAUAUAUAAAUGUAAUGACGUUGUUCCACCACUUAUAUAUACCGAACUAACGCAUUGCCAUUCGAAUCAGCGAUUAAGCAAUUAAUUUCCGUUCAUUGUGGUCUUGCAAAUUGCACAUUAAAUCACCUACCAAAUCUAACAUCAAUUCAUCACCUAAUAUUGAUUUGUAUAUCCAUCCUCUGAAUAUCUAAGCAUGAAUAUCUUUGAAUAUAUUUCUUAAAGGAGAAA